CUGCGGGCUUCCAUAUUGUCGUCCAUCAAUGUCAACCGUGAGGGCGGCGACCUCAUUGACCGAGCAAUCGAAAGAAUUUAGGGUUUACUGGGAGUUUCCUGCCAUGCGAUUUAUCACACGUGACAUACAUUCUGAAUUGUAAUGUGAACUGCUCUCUUCGCUUUCUUCGCAGCCAGAUUGGCCUCUGUGCUAAGCUGAGCUCUUUUUGCAAGUACUUGUGUUUGGGACGAGCAUAUCUGCCAUCCUUCAAUUUUCUUGCAAGCAGUUGUUUAUGGUUCGCCAAAUUUUUUUAUCUCGAAAUCUGAAUGCUUUCCUGAGGCGAAAAAAGUCAUUUUUUUGGGGAUAUCUUUGAGCGUCCUGUUUGAGGGAAGCGAUUCAUCCCGUACUUUAAUGGCGUUUUGUUGCUCGUAUAUUAGGUUGCGUGCGCAGUCGCCAUUGUUUGAUUUUCCUGUACGAGCGAGUAUCAGUGAAUGCCCCGGCAGAGCUGUUUUGAUUGAGGCCAGCAGAUCUGGAUUACAGACAAGGUCAAGUAGUCAUUUUUCUCUAGUAUUGAAAGAGGAAAAAAAUUCUCCUACUUGCUUUGUUGUGGGUUCUAAUUUGUUCUUCGAAAAGAAGAGACGCAAAUUAGCCGCGAGAAGUGAGUUGCAGCCAAUAGCAAGCGCUGACUCUGGUGAUUUGAGAAUAUCUAUCAAAGAAGCAGAGAAAGAUAUUUCUUUGCAGAAGGAAAAUGGCUCUCUUGACUUAGAAUCAUCUCCAAAGCUUGAUCUUGGUAAUGGAGAUGGAGGCCAUUCUAGCGGAAAUGGAAAAUUUCCACCUGGAGGUGGUGGCGAUAGCAAUGACCAUGAAAACAAUGAUGACAAAGAGGAUGAGUUUGGACCUGUUUUGAAGUUUGAGGAGGUGAUCAAAGAGACAGAAUCAAGGCAUGCUGUUCUUCCUUCAGACAUGUUUGAGGCUGCAAAGACUGUCGGUAUCCAGAAAGUUAUUCUGCUCAGAUACCUGGAAAUGCAGGCAUCAGCGUGGCCUCUUGGUAUGGCUAUAAAAUCCUGCUCAAUUUUACGAAACAGAAUGCUUGCUGAUCCCUCAUUUCUUUUCAAAAUUGGAACUGAGAUUAUUAUAGAUUCUUGCUGUGCAACAUUUGCUGAAAUUCAAAGGAGGGGGAAGGAUUUUUGGGCAGAGUUUGAAUUGUAUGCUGCUGAUCUUUUGGUAGGCUUGGUUGUUAAUGUAGCUUUAGUCAGUAUGUUAGCACCCUAUGCACGUUUUGGUCAAACUUCUUCUGCGAAAGGCUUUUUGGGACGAAUGGCACACAUGUAUGGAGCUCUGCCUAGCAGUGUUUUUGAGGCAGAGCGACCGGGAUUCAGAUAUUCACUUAAGCAGCGGAUUGGAACGUACUUUUACAAGGGAAUUCUUUAUGGGUCGGUUGGGUUCGCAUGUGGUAUUGUGGGGCAAGGGAUUGCAAAUAUGAUCAUGACAGCUAAACGGAGUGUAAAGAAAUCUGAGGAUGACAUACCUGUCCCACCUCUUAUCAAAAGUGCAGCUCUAUGGGGUGUGUUUCUCGCCGUUUCUUCAAACACUCGCUACCAAAUAGUCAAUGGCCUGGAAAGAUUGGUCGAAUCAUCACCUGUUGCUAAAAGCGUCCCGCUUGUUGCUAUGGCAUUUACUGUUGGCGUUCGAUUUGCUAAUAAUGUUUAUGGUGGCAUGCAAUUUGUUGAUUGGGCUAGGUGGAGUGGUGUUCAGUGAUCAUUGGGAUUUUUUUAAAGAGGAGGGCACUUAAUAGCCUGCAGGACCUUGAUUUGUAAGGCAUGAAUCCUUCAGGGACAUCGAGCUUGCUUGAGGGACUAUUGCUUUAGAUUCAAUAAAUAAAUUUCAUUAGUAAUCUAAUUCCUGGCACUUGAUUUUGCUAAGCUUUUAUGAAAGGUUUUCCUGCCUGUGCAAUGCUAAUAUUUUGGGUGGAUUAUUUUGUUUA